UUUUACCAUUUCAGUUUCACUCAGACCCGGCCUGAAAUCGCGCGUGUCCACAACGAUACUUGAGUCGCAGCUUCGUGUCCGAGAGGUUAACGUGCCAAUUAACGAAAAUCGUGAAACAAAUCGGUCAGUGAUUUUUAUCGUAUUAACGAGCAACAGUCAGAGCAGUGUUACGCGAAACGGUGUCACGUUUCAUCGACAAAGGAAAUUGUUUAUCUCUGUGAGAACGAAAUAGGGUGCUCGGCAUACGACACGAUCUCGAGUAAGCAACGAAAAUGGGAUACGGGACGGAAAUGGACAGCUGCGGACGCUGUAUGAAGUACUCCUUGUUCUUCGUCAACUUCGUAAUUUUUAUCGGUGGAGUUGCAAUAGUCGGACUAGCAACAUGGGCCCUGCUGGAUAAAGUUCCAUGGAUAGGCGAGCUAGUUGGGAACGAUUUGCUAACAGGUGCUAUAUACGUGUUGCUGGCUGGCGGAGUACUCGUAGCCAUCAUCUCCUUCUUCGGUUGCAUCGGUGCAUCUCGUGAAGUGAAAUGCAUGCUGCUUACGUACUUCAUCAUCGUAUUCCUUUUGUUCGUGACGAUGUUAAUUGGCGGAGUGCUCGCGUACGUGUUCCGUGAGAAGCUGGUGCAGGGCCUCGAAAGAGAGAUGGCUAGUUCGAUGAGGGUUUAUGAUAGUCGUAAAUCUGUCAGGGACGCGUGGGACACUACGCAAUCCACGCUCCACUGCUGCGGUGUAAACGGUUGGAGAGACUGGGGAACUCAGGGACUGAACGUGCCACAGAGCUGCUGUCGCGAGAUACAACCUAACCAGAGAUUCAACUGUAGCGCUGGACCGGACACAGUGAAUCCCUCGAACGCCUAUCUGGUCGGUUGCAUCAAUGGAACGCAGAUUUACAUGCAGAAGCACGCAACAAUCAUGGGUGGCGCUGGAAUUGCCGUCGCGUGUCUGAUGUUCUUCGGUAUGAUAUUCUCUUGCGCGCUCUUCAAGAUGAUAGAAUGAACACAAGAGAGUUGUGUGCUGUAAAGGCAGCUUCGUUCUUCAGCGUCGAGUUAACGAAGAAGAAGUGGAUAUGUCAGCCGUCCUCGAGCGACUCAUGAAUUCAUAAUCAUCGUCAUUUGAGUGAACCUAAGCUGAAGUACGAGAAUCAAAAUGCAUCUUCACGCGCAUCUACUUUCCAAUGUACAGAUUUCACCAUUUUUGUUACGCUUAGAAUUACUUGUACCUCUUACGACUUUUCUCUUUAUUUUUCUUUUGUAAUUUAUAAGAAACAUUUUGAGUAUUCUCGUUUAAUUACAUAGCGUAUUACGUGUAAUUUGUAUGGUAACGCAGAUAUGUACCUUAUACGUGUAUUAAAUAAACAAACGUGUACAAAGUUCA